UUCCUCUAUCUCCUCCUUACCCUACCCUCUGGCUGAUUCCUUUGAUUCUAAUAAUAUUCCUCAAUGAUCUCCAUGGAAGAAGCUCAGCAAAGUACAAGCUGUCAGAAGAUUGGAUUCUCUCCAUGGUGGAUGUUCACUUUCUUCAUUACUAUCCUAAAAAAGCUUCAUGCAAAGGUGGCAAGGCUGUUCACAAAGCUGAAGAAGAUUGCUGAAGAUGAUCCAAGAAGAGUCUAUCAUUCUUUUAAAGUAGGAUUAGCACUCACGUUGGUCUCUAUCUUCUACUAUGUCACCCCACUCUUCAAUGGUUUUGGAUCAUCAUGCAUGUGGGCAGUCCUAACAGUAGUGGUGGUCAUGGAAUUCACUGUUGGUGCAACAUUAGGCAAAGGUUUAAACCGAACUUUAGCGACGGUGCUUGCCGGCUCAUUAGCACUUGGAGCUCAUCACUUAGCAGACCUUUGUGGGGAGAAAAUGGAACCAAUACUUCUAGGAAUUCUAGUAUUCAUCCUAGCUUCAGCUGCCACAUUCUCAAGAUUCAUACCAAGAGUGAAGAAGAGAUAUGAUUAUGGUGUAACUAUAUUCAUACUGACAUUCAGCUUGGUGGCAGUGUCAAGCUAUAGAGUUGAUGAGGUAAUACCAUUGGCUCAUCAAAGAGCUUCCACCAUUGCUGUUGGUGUGGCUACCUGUCUUUGCACCACCUUCUUUGUUUUCCCAGUCUGGGCUGGUGAAGAUCUCCACAAGUUAACUGCCACCAACCUUGAAAAGCUUGCAUGCUUCUUACAAGGGUUGGGAGAUGAUUACUUCCAAGAUAAAGCUAAAAAGGAGAACAAGGUGGGGGAGAAGAAGGAUUACUUCCAAAGUUAUAAGAGUGUUCUUAAUUCGAAGCCAACGGAGGAAUCUCUGGCUAAUUUUGCAAAAUGGGAACCGGGUCAUAACGGAUUCGGGUUUCGUCACCCGUGGAAUCAGUACCUUAAAAUCGGAGCUUCGACCCGACGAUGCGCUUAUUCAACCGAGGCUCUUAGUGCGUUCUUAACCGCAUGCGACUCUAAACCCAAACCCGAUCCGAACGAUGAAGUGAGAACUAAGAUACGAUCCGCUUGUGCCGAAAUGAGCUCCGAAUCCGCUAAGGCCUUAUCGGAUCUUGCAAGCUCCAUCCGAACAAUGUCGGCUCCCACGUUGGCGCGCCAGCACAUGGCUGCGGCUUCAGCCGCCGCCGAGAAGCUGAAAGCCGUGUUAUUGAACGACAGCGGCUCGGUGGCUGAGAUAGUACACGUGGCGACCAUCGGAGCUAUAUUGGUGGAGAUCGUGAACUGUGAGCACGAGAUAGUGGGAACGGUGGAGGAGCUGGCUCGGCUCGCCGGUUUUAGGAGAGCCGAAGCCGUUAAUGAAGCUCCCGUGAAGCCGGGAAACGAAGAGCAAUGCCCUUCUGUGGUUAUCACUAUUGUGUAA